AUGGAUUUCUUCACCAACAUGCAAGCUCAAGGAUCUCAUCCUAAUAACUUGACAUUUGCAACCAUCUUAAAAUCUUGUUGUUCUAUGUCCAAUCCACUUCCCAUUGGCAAGACAAUUCAUGCCCGGAUUCUACGUUUCGAUGUCGCUUUCGAUACUGUCUUGGAGAACUCUCUCCUUGCUUUCUAUGUCAAAUGUUCUGCAUUUGAAUAUGCGGAGAAGGUGUUUGAUUCAAUGUCUGUUAAAGAUACAGUUUCAUGGAACAUAAUGAUUGGUGUAUAUCUUCAAUCUGGAGACAUGGAAAAAUCUAUGGAUUUGUUUAGAAGAUUGAAUGUUAAAGAUACUGCAACUUGGAAUACAGUUAUUAGUGGGCAUCUACAAAAUGGGUUUGGGAAAACAUCAUUAGAUCUUCUCUAUCAAAUGGUACAAGUUGGAUCGAGUUUCAAUACUAUGACAUUCUCAAUUGCUUUACUUUUGGCUUCAUCAAUGUCUAUUCUUCAAUUAGGUCUUCAAAUUCAUGCUAGAAUGCUGAGAAUCGGAACAUAUUUCGACGGGUUUUUAAGGAAUUCUCUUGUCGACAUGUACUCCAAAUGCGGGAAGAUGGAUAAGGCUUCUUUAGCUACUAACGGAAACUUGUGCGGUUCAAUGGUUAUAGGGUAUCUUCAGAAUGGUUUGUUGGGAGAAGGUUUAAAACUUUUUAUUAACAUGUUUAGAGAACGGGUCGAGAUAAAUGAGUUCACUCUCGCGAGCGUAGUCUCUGCUUGUGCAAACGCGGGGCUAUUGGAUUUUGGUUUACAGAUUCAUUCAGAUAUUGUGAAAAACGGGCAUAUGAUGGAUUUGUUCUUGCGUUCGUCGAUGAUUGAUAUGUACGCCAAAAAUGGACAGUUGGAUGUUUCUUGGUCGGUUUUUGAGCUCGAGAAUAGUCGGAAUCUUGUGCUAUGGACUUCAAUGUUGUCUAGUUGUGCUUCUCAUGGAGAUGGGAGGAAGGCGGUUGGACUUUUCGAGGAGAUGCUUUGUCGGGGAAUUAAGCCAAACGAGGUGAGUUUUCUUGGGGUUUUGACUGGGUGUAGUCAUGCGGGUCUGUUGGAAGAAGGUUGUCAGUACUUUAGAUUAAUGGAAGAAGUUUAUGGGUUCAAGCCGUGUGUUGAUCAUUAUAUGUGUAUGGUGGAUCUCUUUGGUCGAGCCGGAAGGUUUAGGGAGAUGAAGGAUUUUGUGGAGCGAAAUUCUUUGUUGGGUCUUGGCAUCAUAUUGCGUUCGUGUUUGUCUUCUUCUUUGGUUCACAAAGAUGUUGAGAUGGCGAAAUGGGUUUCGGAGAAACUUGUGGAACUUGAACAACCUUGUGUGAUUUUGUCGAACAAUUUCGCCAAUAAUAAUAGAUGGGAGGAAGUAUCCAAGACGAGGGAUCUUAUGAAAGAAAGAGGCCUUAAUAAACAACUAGCUAGAUCAUGGGUUGCUACUUGA